AUAUAAUCCACUUUCUAUAGGGUAUUGUUUGUAAUUUUCAAAUCUGGGGCAGUGGCUCUAAUUAAUUCACUUCUGAUCAGUGCGCGAUUGAAGACAGUCGAGAAUUUACACAGAUACAAAGAUGGCAAACGUUUCAGAAGAAGAACUUGAUGAUAUCAAGGAGAGAUUUGAGAUCUUUGAUAAAAAAGGCGAUCAUAAAGUUGAUUGUAGUCAAAUUAUAGAUGUCCUAAGAGCAUGUGGUUUGAAUCCGUUGCAACAUGAUGUAGACAAGAUUUGCAAAGAUUCUUCGCUGGAAGGAAAACGUGUAGAUUUGGAAACAUUCUGUGCAGUAUACGAACAAAUCGCAAACGCUCCUGGUCAAGCAACUUUUGAAGAUAUGAUGGAAGCCUUUAAGACAUUUGAUCGUGACCAAACAGGUGUAAUUUCUGCUGCAGAACUACGACAGUUGUUGGUUAACUUAGGCGACACGCUCACGGAAGAUCAGGCUGACACCAUCGUGAUACCACACGAAGAUCAAAAAGGUUGCGUUGGAUAUCAACAACUCAUCAAAACAUUGAUGGCAUCAUAAUGUAUUUUACUUCUAGAGCUUACUUUAUCUUAUAAUGCCUUCUUUUGCACCAACCUUGUACCUCUUACUCUAAGUCAAGUCAUGGGCACGAGGUUACCACUUUAAUUAAAAUAACAAUUUAUAUUACUAGAAUUACACUUUAUAAGUUAAUGUCAUCGAAUAUUGCAACUUCGUCUCCUGGGAUUGCUUUCAUGAUAUUGGGAGAUGAUAUUGCAAAUAUUUGAUAAUAAACAAACUGACUGACUUUGCCCUCUUUUUACAACUUGACAAAUUCCUCGACCGACGACAACCACAACGUGACGGGUUUUUUGUACGGCCUAAAUUGCGUUAUGGCCGUACAUUGUAACAUAUUGUAUUUUUUUAAACUAAAGAAUUACAAAAAGUUAGAAUUUUCGAAUUUUUUCUAUUAUA